AUGUGGUUUAUCUAUGUCCUCAGUUGGCUGUCCCUGUUCAUUCAGGUGGCCUUUGUCACGCUGGCGAUAGCUGCCGGCCUGUACUAUCUAGCGGAGUUAAUAGAGGAAUAUACUGUUGCCACCAGCAGGAUUAUAAAGUACAUGAUCUGGUUUUCUACAGGUACAUUGAUCGGUCUGUAUUUCUUUGAGAAGUUCCCUGGGAUUAUGAUCGGUGUGGGACUGUUCACCAAUGUAGUCUAUUUCGGGUUAUUGCAGACGUUCCCUUUUAUCCUGCUGACAUCUCCCAACUUCAUACUGUCAUGCGUGCUGGUGGUGUUGAAUCAUUACUUGGCUUUCCAGCAUUUUGCUGAGGAGUACUACCCUUUCUCAGAGGUUCUGGCUUAUUUCACCUUCUGCUUAUGGCUCAUCCCGUUCGCCUUCUUCGUAUCGCUGUCUGCGGGGGAAAAAAACGUGCUUCCGUCUACGGUCCAGCACGGAGAUGACGUCGUGUCCAACUAUUUCACGAAGGGUAAAAGAGGAAAACGCUCGGGAAUUCUGCUCAUCUUCUCCUUCAUCAAGGAAGCCAUCCUUCCCAGCAGGCAGAAGAUCUACUAA